AUGGAUAGGAUCAGAGCUCCAGCUGUAUUGUCCCAAAGGAAGAGACAGAAAGGGAUGCAUUCCCCAAACCUUUCCUGCAGUUAUGAAAUAAAGUUCAAUAAGUUUGUCAUUUUUAUUAUGCAGAGGAAGAUGGGGAAGUCCAGAAGGACAUUUUUGAUGGAGCUGGCAAGAAGAAAAGGUUUCCGAGUAGAAAGUGAACUAAGUGACUCUGUCACUCAUAUUGUGGCCGAGAACAACUCUUACCUGGAGGUGCUGGACUGGCUGAGAGGACAGGCUGUGGGCGACAGCUCCAGGUUUGAACUACUGGAUAUCUCCUGGUUCACAGCCUGCAUGGAAGCAGGAAGACCAGUUGAUUCAGAAAUGAAGUAUCGUCUCAUGGAACAAGAUCAGUCUCCUCCUUUGAAUACACCUGAAUCAGAAGUGCCAUCAUUUAUUGCAAGCAAAGUAUCUCAGUAUUCGUGUCAAAGGAAGACAACUUUAAAUAACUACAACAAGAAGUUCACGGAUGCCCUUGAGAUAAUGGCUGAAAAUUAUGAGUUCAAAGAAAAUGAAAUAUUCUGCCUGGAAUUCCUGAGAGCAGCUUCUGUGCUGAAAUUUCUUCCAUUUCCAGUAACCAGAAUGAAAGAUAUACAAGGGUUGCCCUGCAUGGGAGACCGAGUCAGAGAUGUCAUUGAGGAGAUUAUUGAAGAAGGAGAGAGUUCUAGAGCUAAAGAAGUCUUAAAUGAUGAACGAUACAAAUCAUUUAAGCUGUUUACCUCAGUCUUUGGAGUGGGAGUGAAGACAUCUGAGAAAUGGUACAGAAUGGGUUUACGAACUCUGGAAGAGGUAAAAGCUGACAAGACCCUGAAGCUGUCAAAAAUGCAGAAAGCAGGGUUUCUCUACUAUGAGGACCUUGUUAGCUGUGUAUCUAAGGCAGAAGCGGAUGCAGUAAGCUUGAUUGUCAAGAAUACUGUGUGUACGUUUCUACCAGAUGCUUUAGUUACCAUAACUGGUGGUUUCAGGAGGGGUAAGAAGAUUGGACAUGAUAUAGAUUUUUUGAUCACCAAUCCAGGACCAAAAGAAGAUGAUGAACUUCUGCAUAAAGGCUUACUUCUAUAUUGUGAUAUCAUUGAAUCAACAUUUGUAAAGGAACAGCUACCAAGCAGAAAAGUUGACGCCAUGGAUCAUUUUCAGAAGUGUUUUGCAAUUUUAAAAUUGUAUCAGCCAAGAGUAGACAACAGCAGUUACAACAUGUCAAAAAAAUUUGAUAUGGCAGAAGUCAAAGACUGGAAGGCAAUCCGUGUGGACCUGGUCAUAACCCCCUUUGAGCAAUAUGCGUAUGCUCUUUUAGGCUGGACAGGCUCCAGGCAAUUUGGACGUGAUUUGCGGAGGUAUGCUACUCACGAAAGGAAGAUGAUAUUGGAUAACCAUUCCUUAUAUGACAGGAGAAAGAGGAUCUUUCUCAAAGCUGGAAGUGAGGAAGAAAUCUUUGCACAUCUUGGCUUGGACUAUGUCGAACCAGGGGAAAGGAAUGCUUGA